AUGAACAAACACAUAAUCUUCUUCACAACUUUUCUUUGUGUCAUUGCAUUAGCAACUGCUGCAAAGCCAUGCUGGUUAGGUGGUUGGGCCAUCAAUGUAGUCAACCAGGUCAAUGGCACAGACAAAGACCAUGUUUAUGCCCACUGCAAAUCGAAAAACGACGAUAUCGGCUUCCACAAAAUAAAAUAUCAACAUUCAACAACCUGGAAAUUCUGUGAGAAUAUCUUUGGUCCAACUACUCUUUUCUUCUGCCAUGCUUAUAAGGGUCAGCAUCAAGAACUAGUUUUCGACGUGUUUACUCAAGAUACGAUCAAACCGCUUUGUCGCGAGCUGGACUUUAAGGCAAAUUAUUGGAGAUGCAGUUGGUUGCUUAGGAAUGAUGGGAUUUACCUCGUGGACCGGAGGGAAAAAGGCAAGGAAAAGAAUAUGAAGAUGCAUGAUUGGAAGUAUCGAACCUAG